AGGAGCCCAGAUGGAGACACACAGCCUUGGUGCUUCAUCCAGAAGAAUGGAAUCCUCACCUGGGAACACUGUGACAUUCCUCACUGCCAUCGGCCUACAGCCAGUCCAACAAAGCCAUCAGUUCCACCACGACCGACAACCAGCAAACCUCAGACACAAACCAAAAAACCUCCACUACCGACAAAAGCAUCUAGUCAUCCUGUUAAAACCACGGCUCUUCCUACCAGUACAGCAGUUAGUAGAGAUGUCAAUCGGGCAGUUCCUGGAGACUGUGGACAGAGGUUCUUAAAAAGCCCUUCUAUAACCUCACGUAUUGUAGGAGGACUGGUGGCACUGCCUGCUUCUCAUCCAUAUAUGGCAGCCAUCUAUAUGGGAGAACAGUUUUGCGGUGGAUCCCUGAUCUCCUCCUGCUGGGUUGUGACUGCUGCUCAUUGCUUAGAUGACAAGCCAAGCGUGAAGACAAUCACUGUGGUGUUGGGACAAACUCUAUUCAACACUACAGACCACCGUACAGUAAAAUUUUCAGUGAAAAAAUACAUUCUUCAUGAACUAUAUUCUGAUGUGACUUUCCAAAAUGAUAUAGCACUGGUGAGACUGCAAGACAUGAAUGGAGUGUGUGCCCAGUUCUCCCAGUUUAUACAGCCUGUAUGUUUACCAAAGAACACCAUGACAGCUACAUCUGCACAACAUUGUGAAGUGGUUGGCUGGGGUCAUCAGUACUCUGGGGCUGAUCAUUAUGCCUUAUAUAUCUGCAAGAAGCACACGUGCCCAUCCUUUCCACUAUACAAUGCCAAUCUCCUCUUUCCCAUGGUAGUAGGAUAA